AUGGCCUCAACUAACUCCUCAUACCUCAUCAUCGGUGCUGGUGUAUUCGGUGUAUCAACUGCCUUUCACCUGAUCCAAAAGUAUCCCACUGCUUCGGUCACUCUUGUAGACCGAGAUGCAUACGACGCCGAAUCUCGCGUGGCAGCAUCAUGGGAUUGGAACAAGGUGAUCCGCGCCGAUUACGAUGACAAAACAUAUUGCAAACUAGCUCUUGAAGCCCAAGACAUUUUCAAAUCCGAUCCUCUUUGGCAGCCUCAUUUCCACCAAACCGGUGUUUACUGGAACUGUCGCAGCGACUACGCACAAACCGUCAUAACAAACCACAAAGAGCUCGGUCGCAACGACGAUAUCAUCGCGCUGCCCGUCGCCGAAGCCCGGAAACUCUACGGCGGAAUUUUUGACAACGCGGACUACACCGGUGUCAAGGAGGUUCUCAUCAACAGGGCUAGUGGCUGGGCUGCCGCCGGAGAUGCACUCCGCGCUGUCACGAAGAGGUGCCUGGAAUUGGGUGUCAAGUAUGUGACUGCUGACGUUGCCAAUCUGGAGUUCGAUGGUCGUGGCUCUUGCACCGGUUUGAAGACGAAAUCUGGAGAGGUAUUAUCGGCUACCCAUGUUAUCGUUGCGGCGGGCGCUUUCACGCCUACAUUGCUCGAGUGGAGUGCUGCGAAGAGCGGGAACCCUGGUCUCCGAGCUGGAGAACGAAUUCUGGCCGCGGGUAUCACUACUGGAAUGGCACAGCUCAAUGAGGAGCAGUAUAAGAAGUAUAAAGACAUGCCUGUUGGGUUCCAGGGCUACACACCUGAUGAAGGCAAACCCUUCAUUGGCAGUCUUCCUCCCACUACUGAUGGGGAAAUGAAGUGGUGGGGAUCCAAGAUUUUCACAAACACUCGCGAGGUGUUGCCUGGUCAUUCCAUCUCCUCUCCUCCGCCCACAUUCGAUUACAACCAGUGGAAGGUCCCUGGGCCUCUCAAGCAGGACAUUGUUGAGGCCAGGAAUCUGUGGUAUGGACCCGAGAGUGCGGAUUGGAAGAUGACGAAACACCGAAUCUGCUGGGACGCCUUCACCACUACCUCCGACUUUAUCAUUUCUCCUCACUCUGCCUCCAGAGGACUCUACGUUGCAACCUGCGGUUCUUUCCAUGGUUAUAAAUUCUUCCCUGUGCUUGGAAAGUACAUCACGCAAAUGAUUGAGGGCGAGUUGGCGCCCGAGUUGGUAGAGAAGUGGGCUUGGGAUCGACAGCGACCUGAUUCAUCUCAGAAUGUGGAGUACCCAAACUCUGAGAUGAGGCAUCUGUUGCAACCGGCGGCGAAGCUAUGA